AUGUGGAAGGUUGUGGUUGCAGUUCAAGAAGCAAAACUUGCACAGCCACCCAUCUCAGAUCCUUCAGCAAGCACCUUCAGGAUCUGUGGAAUUGCCCCAGAACUUGAGAGUGAUAUAGAACACAUCAUUGAGAGCAUCCUGGUUGCAUCAGACAAGAGGAAGGAACAGCCUGGGACUGGUAAGGAUGAGGAUUCCAGAGAGGAGAGGACCAGACCUACCAAGGCUGGAAACUACAGAAAUCCCUUCACUGAUUUUACUGCUUCCCAGCAGCUCUUCAAAGAGGACAUGGAUGCCUAUGAUAGGGAGAGGAGGGACACCAAGGACCCCAAGACUAUAGGUCAGAGGACCAAAAUCAUCCAACAAUGGUGGGAGUCUCUGGCAGAUGACAAGACGGCUGAAGCAGGGAGGGCUGCUUCCAAGUGGAACAAGUUGCGUGCUCCAAAAGAAACUCAUGAAUUGUUGGUGCUGGUCUACUUCAAGUACAGGAGAAAAAAAUUUCCCAGCAUGGCCAGAGAGUUUAUUGAAACAGUCCACUGGACCAUGGGGUCAAAUAUAAUGGUGUUUCUGGCUCAUGAGACUACUGAUUCUCAGAUCAAGAUGGCAGUCUUUGAAACACAACCCCCUGAUGGGAAGAAGGCCUUCUCAGAAUCUUCAGAGCCCACCAAGGAUUGGGUUCUAAAGGGAGAGCAAAUGUUGAUGGAUUAUCUUUUGACUGAAGCUGCUGAGGAAGAUUUGAAUGAUGAGAAUCCAAAGGUGGAGAUAGCCUUGGAUGAUGAAGGAAACCCAGAGGUACCAGCUUGGACUGGUCAGAAACUCAAGGUCCAGCAGAGUUUGGCAAGAAUGGUCUUCCAGGCUGCCUAUGGGAAGCCCAAGGCCAAGGUUCCCUUGGGCCUGCUUAUCAAGUCCCCUUUGGAGUAUCUGAGUUCCAAUUCCAUCCCAGAAGGAUUUGUGAUGAAGGAUCCUUCAAAAUGGACCAAGGCUGACAUGCAGAUGCUUUGGAAUCAUUGGAAUUCCCAAGAGGAGGAGAAUAAGGUGAUCAUUUCAUUCAUCAAGUGCAAAAAGGAGGACAAGCCAUUGGGAAGGCUCUGGAACAGGAAAGCUCCAUCCAAAAAGAGAGUGUGGAUGAGCCCUGGGGAGGACAGUGAAGCUGGGGUGGGGGCCAGGCCCUCAGAUUUAGGGGCAGAAAUUGGUGGGGCUGGUAUGACCCCUAUAGCAACUUCAUCAGGGGCCCAGGAUAUCCUUGACUCUGGGAGGGCCCCAUCUGAAGAUACCCCUCAUGAAUCCAGCCCUGCUUGUCAUGCCAAAGGGGACAGGGUGAAAUAUUUAAAGUCCCUUUGCAUCAUGCCCAGGUACCAGGAACAUGUUGAGCUUGUAGAUGGCUUGCUAGAGACAGAACCUGAUGCUGGACCAGUCAACUUGCCUGUCUGGGCAUCUUGGACCUGGAGUGCCCAGUAUUUUCCCCAGGAGAUGCAUGGCAAUGGGGAUUCCUUCUGGAAGGCACUGUAUCAAUUGCAAAGUAAAAAGUUUGCAUCCACCCAGAAAGAUCUUACCAUUGUACUGGGAUUUGGCUCAGGUCUUGAUAUCCACAAGGGGGAAAAUGUUAUGGGUGCAGUAGGGCUGGUAGUUGCAAGACUGCAGCAGAAUUCUGGUGGCUCAGGCACAGGGCUUGGUGCACAGGAAACAACUGGGGUCAGUGCAGGGGAUUCCUGUCCCACCCAGGAGGGUGGCAUGAAGGAAUCCUGA